AACUCUGUUCCCGCCUCCAAGUCCGAACUCCAGAUAACCAUUCCAGUGUCAUCCACGUAAUUCUAUCCCAUUCCAUGGGUAACUUGUAGGGUACCCACGCCGACCCCACUUCUUCGCGAACGUCACGUGCGUCUGUCGUACGGCUCCGCCCCUUCCCCGCCUCCCCCUCCUGCAACGCGGACCAACGCACGGCAAAGAGAAAAGAGAGAGAGGGAGGAGGAGCGCUCUGCAACGCCAUCUGCCCGUUGGGACGGCAUCCGUGCGACCAAUCGCAGGCUUUUGUAUUCCCUUUUCUUUCGUCAAUCCCUUUCAUUUUUUUCUCUCUAUCGCGUUCGCCACGCUAGUAUUAUUUCAGCGAGACCGGACGAUGAGAACGCUUGAGGCGGGGAGGGCAGAGAGAUGGGGGCCUCUUUCCGCGGCGAGGGAUGGGGUGGUGACCACAUCGUUGCUGUUCCUCCUGUUCUCCGCCGCGUACCACAUUUGGAUACCCCACCAGUACACUCUCCGCCUCUGCCGCGCUCGCAGUCUAUGUCGCCCCCUGCCCCGCGCGCCAACUUACCGCGGCGCGCAGUAGUAACAUCCAACUCCCCCUUUACUACUGGUUACCGCUCCUCCUCUGUUAUAAAACUGCUACUAAUCCGCUGCUGAGGCAUUGGAUCCGGUGACUCGCCAGCGAUAAUGGCGGCCACGGAUCCUCGAGCGACGACGACCACGACGACGCCACCGGCGGUGCUGCCGCCGCCCAGUCCCAAGUCGCCGCCCAAGUACCCGGAUCUCUGCGGCCGCCGACGGCUGCAGCUCGAGGUGCAGAUCUUGAACCGGGAAAUCGGCUUCCUCCAGGAGGAGUUACAUUCGCUUGAAGGGCUUCAACCUGUCUCAAGAUGCUGCAAGGAGGUCAACGAAUUUGUGGGGACAAAAACAGAUCCACUAUUACCUAUAAAUAAGAAGAGACGCAAGUCUUGUCACAUUUGGAGGUGGCUUGGCCACCACCCACCAGAGGUGGGAUUGAAUGCUGAGUUGGAGAUGAGGUAGCUCAAGAUAAUAUGCUCACUACCUCAACAAAUCCAGCAAGGGUUUCAAAGCAAGAAGAUCAAAACUUUGCUUCGGCUUCUCAUGGAUGUGCUGCUCCAGUGGAUGCUUGCUAGCGCUCAAAAGACUGAGCUGCAAAUG